CAAGCCAUUCACCGCCAUCAAAGCGAUGUUGCGAAAUAGCAGUUACCAAUGCCUAUGUCAUCCUGUCUGCUGUAAAUACCUUAAAGCAAAAUGGAUGGAAUUUGGAUGGAAAGUGUGCACAACAAGUUUUAUGUUUUCUUUCUUGUUUUUGGUUUCUCUUAACGUCUACGCGUUUGGAAUUCCUUCAUAUAAGGCGUCUGUUGGCAAAGAUGAAUUACGAAAUGCGUCGAUAAAUGUUAAGGUAGCGAUGCUUAUCUGUCUCAUAUCUGCUGGCGCUCAAACAUUGAAAGAAAUCGGUCAGUUAUUCGUUUACAAAUUCAAUUAUUUUAUGGACAAAGUCAACUAUUUGGAAUGUGUUCUCUACGUAUCAACAUUCAUCUUUGCUGUAUCAAGUAACGACAGUAUGUCUGUAAAGACAAGUUUUCAAUGGAUGGCCUGUUCUGUAGCGUUAUUCUGUGCUUGGAUGAAUCUUAUGUAUCUAAGAAGGUCAUGGGUCUCUUAAUAUUUUUCUUGGUCGCUUUUGCUGCCGCUUUUACAGUAAUAAUGAAUGAUAGACAGGGAUUUGAGAGGUUUAGCAUGUCUAUCUUAACUGGAGCAACGAUGACGAUGGGAGAGUUUGAUUUUAAACAGACAUUUCUCGGUGACCACUCUGAUUACAACACAUUUUAUCCACUACAGCUGGUCCUCCUUGUUGGUUUUCUUGUCGUUAUGCCUAUCAUUAUUAUGAACCUUCUGCUUGCCCUUGCCAUUGAUGAUACCAGUAGCAUUAUGCAACACGCUAAGCUGCAGAAACACAUUCAAACGGCGAAAAUGAUAAUUGACAUAGAACGGAAGAGGUCUUCAUUUCCAUGGCGAAGUAGAAAAACACUCAUACCUUGUUUACAGGAGAGACCCAACAAGACAUACAACUUUACCCGCGCCGUUUGGGAUUUUGUAUUUUACGGUCCUGAUUUUUCUACCAAUGUAGUCGAUGAGAGCCGGGAAGAAAUGGGAAAGAAACAAGACAUGUCAACGUUGAUUCAAAUGGUUAAAGAACUGCAAAGGCAGAAUGCUGUUUUGCAAAAUAAAAUGUUAGAGAUUCAAAACGAGUUUACAAUGGAAAGGAAUCGUAGAUCAAUCGAGUAUGUCCGAAUGAGUCAAGAUAAACAAAACGCUACUACUCAAUUUCGAGGUUACAGUGAGAGCAUAGAAACCUUCAAUCCAGAGGAGACAAGAACUGUACCUAAGCGAAAGCCUUGGGAAAGAGUACAAAACGAUCAUAAGAAAUUCAGUGUACCGAAUUCAAGUGACUAUGGCGUCGGUGAUGAUUUGAAGUAUUCUGAAGGAGAUUUUGACGAAGAGAGAGAAGCAAGGGAGAACGAUCCCGAAUUAAAUGAAUUAAAGAGACAGCAUAGUCAAAUGGAUACAUACGAAGAUAAAGAUGGGGUAGUCGUUCAUGAUGAUGUGACAAUUUCUGUGAAUGAAAAUGAGGCUGAAGACAGUAGUCUAUUUAAUAAUAAUGAUAAACUGUCAAUGAUUCUUCGUACUGAUUCCAGUGUUGUCUGAAAUGCUGAAACAGCAAAUCCUUAGGAACUCUUUUCACUGAGUUAACCACAAUAUGCUACUAUGGAAAGUGUCCUCAAUAUGGUUAGAUAUUUCCCCAAAGUGGUAGCGCAUGAUUUUAACAAGAUGUGUCAUUUUGACAGGAAGAAAAUAGUUUUAAUGUGUUAUAAUUCUAGAAUACAAACCUUACUAACGCCCAUGGCAUUAUCUUUGGGCUUAGCGCAGCGUAGCAACUGUAGCUUCUUCGGUGCAAUUGACAGCAGGCUCAAAUUGCAUUUGCCAAAAUUUUUCGCAAAAUUAAGAAAAUAGAAAAAGUA